UUGCGAUUGGAUACCCAUGGUGACUUCACUAGCAGUGGCACUUCCUAAUCGCCUCUUCUCAUACAAAUCUUCUACUUUCUCUUUUCCUACUUUACUUACACAUGUGUCCCAGCCGAGGCCAGCGAGCAACAUGUCGGCCAUUCUCUCCGCCGACGACUUGAAUGACUUCAUUAACCCGGGUGUCGCGUGCAUCAAGCCCGUCGAGACUCUUCCCAAACAGCAACCAACCGAGUUCGACAAUCCUUACGAAGUAACCACCGAAGAGAAAGUCGAUUCGGGCUCCCUACCACCGCCCGCUCAGAUCUCUCUAACCGAUUGUCUGGCAUGCUCGGGGUGCGUCACUAGUGCAGAGGCAAUUCUGGUGUCGUUGCAGAGUCAUGCAGAGGUGCUCGAUACGUUGGACAAAUAUCCGGAAGCCACGAUUCCCACUGCAGGCAACGGAGCUGCGAGUACAGAUGGACAAGGCAAGAUCUUCAUCGCAAGCAUCAGCCCUCAGGCACGGGCAAGCCUCGCUGCAACAUACGACAUAUCAGAAAGAGAUGCGGGCUACAUGAUUAGCCAAUUGCUCAGCGGACCAUUGGGAGUGAGAAGUGGAGGCAAGAACAAAUCUGGCUUUUCUUGGGUGAUCGAUACGAAUGCCAUGCGGGAGGCAACCCUUGUUGCCGCAGCGGACGAGGUUGAUCAGCUGCAGGAAGGCCAGAAGAAACCUGUCAUUACAUCUGCUUGUCCAGGUUGGAUCUGCUAUGCUGAGAAGACCCAUUCCCAUAUUUUACCACAUCUCAGCAGGCUCAAAUCGCCUCAGGCACUGACUGGCGUGCUUGUCAAAUCAGUGCUGGCAAAGAAAUACGGAAUCGAUCCGAGCAACGUCUGGCACUUGGCGAUCAUGCCAUGUUUCGACAAGAAACUCGAAGCUUCGCGUAGUGAGCUCACUUCUCACACAUGGCAUGGUCAGAGUGGCGAUGCUGUUCGUGAUGUUGAUUGCGUUAUCACGGCACGGGAGCUACUUAUGCUCGCUGAAAGCAGGGACAUCAGCUUUCCCGGUCUUCCCAAACAUCCCGUCGCAGGUUUGCCAUCGUUCCCAGAGCCUAGGCUGAACGAGUUCCUUUUCGGAAGCCAGAGGGGGCAAAAGCGCAAGCGUCAGGACACUGCUGCUAUCGGCACAUCAGGAGGCUAUCUUUGGCACAUACUGAAGACGAAGCAAGCUCGUCAUGCCGGUUCACAAAUCACUGUAAAGCGAGGGCGUAACCAGGAUGUCUCCGAGUACAGUAUUGUCGAUCCUGACGGAACUGCGAUCUUCAAAGCUGCUCGUUACUACGGUUUCCGCAAUAUUCAGAACCUGGUUCGAAAGCUGAAACCGGCGAAGACAAGUCGCCUGCCUGGUGCCACGACAGGUCGUAAAGUUGGAGUGAGCCGUCGUCCUGGAGCCGCGAAAGCUGGUGGUGAUUCCGAUGAUUACGCUUAUGUCGAAGUCAUGGCGUGCCCUGGUGGUUGCACGAAUGGUGGUGGCCAGAUCAAGGUGGGGGAUGUUGCGAUCCUGCGCCAAGUGGGUGGCACAGGCAUCGAGAAUGGCGGUUCACAAGAGAUGCUGCCACAACAACGGGAGUGGCUAGCCAAAGUCGAUGAAGCAUACUGGAGCGCUGAGUCGAAUGACAGUCCUGCGGAUGAUAGUGAGGUUCGGACUGAAAGUGACGUGGAGCAUUCGCCUGCUCGAGACUCUGUCAUGUCCGGCGUGGAAGACAAUCCAGAUAUGGUGGAUGGCAUAUACCACGCCCACAUUCACGAUAUUAUGAAACACUGGUCAACGAUAACUGGCAUAGACCUCGACACACUUAUGACAACGACCUACAGAGUUGUGGAAAGCGAUGUCGGCAAGGAUAAACCGGGGGGAGAUGUCGAGCGUGUCAAUGCUCUCGCCGCCGCUGCCGGUGGCGGAUGGUAAAGUCAUGUGAAUGGAUUAUGUAUUUGAUGAAGUACGAUCACAAUUCAACGCAUAGACCGAACGCACUACUCCGGCCUGGGCAUGUGACAGCGCUGAGAUUGGUCGGAUGUGCAUUCGAAAUCAGACCAU